GGCAACGUCCGCAGCGGCUACGAAGCACAUCGAAUAUACAAUCUAUACCGAAGCUAACUAUUGAAUACCGCAGCACGCUGCGCAAGAGCGCUCAGAACUAUCGAGAAUGGGCAAGGGUCGCGACAAGCGCAAGAAGAACGAAGACCCUGCGAAGGCCGCCAAGCGAGCGGCUCGGCAGGCGCUGAAGCUCCACAAAGGCGAGAAGAAGGAAGACGGAGAUGCCACCGCGGAGGGCUUCAACAACGAGGAGGCCAUCGAAGUAACCCUCAAACGCAUUCAGAAGGCAGAGGGGAAGUUGAAAACUGUCGAGGAGGUCCAAAACGUCAGCCCGCCGACGCCGCGGGUCAACGUCGUCUUUGUUCCCCACCCGGAGCGGGACAACGAGAUGAUUCUCUUCGGCGGUGAGUUUUGGAACGGUGAGGCGACGGAGGCGUACAACGAGACGUACUUCUUUAACGCCAAAAAGAACGCGUGGGCUCGCCUGUCCGCCGCCGUCAACCCGGCCCCGCGAAGCAGCAGCCAGGCGGUUGUCUACAAGCACUUCCUUAUUCUUUUCGGUGGUGAGUUUGUCUCGCAGUCACAGUCACAGUAUCUGCACUUCAAAGACGUCUGGCGCUUCGACACCCGCACCAGCGAGUGGGAGGAGUUGAAGACGUUGAAGGGCGGCCCCUCCUCUCGCAGCGGCCAUCGCAUGGCCCUGUGGAAGCGCAACGCCGUCCUGUUUGGCGGGUUCUACGAUAAUGCGCAGGAGUGUCGCUACUUCGACGACUUGUGGACUCUGUCGCUGCUCGACGGCGCGGGGCGGUGGGCGCAGGUGAAGACCGCACCGGCCGCGGAGGUGCCACACGCCCGCAGCGGCCACAGCAUCGGCGUCUAUCAAGAUCAGCUUUUUGUCUACGGCGGCUACUCGACGCAGAAGUUCAACCGCUUCAAGAAGUCAGAGGCGACCGUGCACCACGACCUGUGGAUGAUCCGGCUCCAGCAAGGAGAGGAGGAGCAGGGGGCGAGGGAAGGCGGCUCGCUGCCGAUGUGGACAAAAAUUCGCCUCGGCGGCGUCCCGCCGCCAAUCCGCUCCGGCGUCUCCUCCGUCUUCAAGGACAAGCGCCUCUACCUCUUUGGGGGCGUGGUGGACAUCGAGUCCCCCGGUGGGAAGAUGGUGUCGACCUUCAACAACGACCUCUUUGUUUUCCACAUGGACACUAAGCGCUUCUACCCGGUCGUGCUGCGCCGGCUGACAAAGAAGGAGAAGACCACCGGCAAGAAGGAGCACCUCGACGACCUGGCGGCACAGCUGAGCGCGUUGGAGCUGCACCGUGGGGAGUCGAGCAGCAGCAGCAGCGAUGAGAGCGAGUCGUCGGACGAUGACACAGGAGCAGAGGCCACGGCGCAGAGCGCCAGUCAAGAGAUGAAGGUGAGCUACGAGAAGAACCGUCACGGCCAGAUCCUGCCGCACCGCCGCAUGGACUCAGCUCUCGCCAUUCUCGGCAACACGCUGUACCUCUACGGCGGCCAGUUCGAGAGCAGCAAGAAAGAGAUCACCAUCUCGGAUGUGUUUGCGCUGAACUUGAACAAGCUUGACACCUACCAGCCGCUGCUCUCGCAGGAUCUGUCGGCGGCGGUCUGGCUAGGCAAGGAGUCAGAGAGCAACGCGAACUCCUGGGAGAGCGGCAGCACCGUCGUCAGCGCCGUGUUCGAUUUGGACUACGACGAGGAGGACGAGGAGGACGACGCGGGCGGACACCACCGAGGCGUGGACUUCGGCAAGAUGCCGCGACAGGCGCUUUUGGACUCCGAGGACGACGGUGAGGACGCUCCAGAGGCCAUCCCGGCGGAACUGGCGGUGGAGGUGACACCUGCCGCCGAGGAGGUGAGCGAGGCCAUCGACGGCGUAACGCGGAGUCGUGGCAAGAAGGGCUUGAAGGUGCACAAGGAGCAGCUGUUGGCGCAGCUCGGUGCCUCUGCUACGGUGCCAACCCCCGAGCGCGAAGAAACCUUUGCCGCCUUCUUUGAGCGCACGUUGCCCUUCUGGAUGACGACAGCGCGCGAGUCGGUCGAGAGCAAAACGUCGGACCGCCGCCUGAAGCGGGAGGCCAGUGAGUUUGCGCGGCACCGCUACACGGAGGCGAAGGAGCUGCUCGAGCAGCUGCGUUUGGUGGAGGAGCGGGAGAAGGAAGAAGCCAACUUUUUCCGUGAGCGGCGCCUGCAGAAGGAGAAGGAGUGGGAGGAGUACGAGGCGCAGCAACAGCGUGGCGAGGAGGAGUCAGGUGAGGAGAAGGAGGAGGUGGAGAAGUAA